UUGUAAAUGGUGAUCUCGCACAUUAUUUACAAACUCUAAAUUACGGAGAUACGUGUCCCUUUUGUUAUAAAACUACACAACUGUCAUCAGUAAAACAGCUCAAGGCCUCCUCCUCUAAUUUGCAGGGCCAUUGCUUCUAUAAACAUGGUCAAAGGCUAAAGUUCUCUUUAUGCCUUUUAAAUGAUUGCAUAGAUGCAUUUUACCUCACAUAUUGUCAGUAUGCUGUUGCUGAGGCUUCUCUUCUUUACAGUGCUGGCUGCAGCAUUUCAUGCUAUUCCAGUUUCAACUCGUAAUCAUGAAGUUGAUGAUGAUCCUAAUUUCAACCCAUUCAUCAAUCUUGGAGCAAAAACCCGACUUAUUGAGGGAGACAUAGCUCUACCACCUGGUAGGGUUGGUCUUAUUAACACAACAUACAGAUGGAAGUUCCCUAUUCCGUAUAUUCUGUCUGACAGCCUGGACCUUAAUGCAAAAGGUGCUGUCCAUCAGGCAUUUGAAAUGUACCGCCUAAAGUCAUGUGUUGACUUUAAACCCUAUGAGGGAGAGAAGACAUACAUCAAAUUUGAGAAAAGAGAUGGGUGCUGGUCUUCUGUUGGAGAUCAACAAAAUGGACAGGUGCUUUCUCUGGGGCCAGGCUGUGACCAUAAGGCAGUGAUCGAGCAUGAACUGUUGCAUGCUCUGGGCUUUUACCAUAUGCAGUCUCGCCAGGACCGAGAUGACUAUGUGAAAAUCUGGCUAGAUCAGGUCCAAGAAGGCCUGGAGCAUAACUUCAACAAAUAUGAUGACAGUUUUGUCACAGAUCUUAAUACACCAUAUGACUACGAGUCUGUCAUGCAUUAUCGUCCAUUUGCUUUCAACAAAGAUCCCAGUAUUCCUACCAUCACAACCAACAUCCCUGAGUUCUUCAACAUCAUAGGGCAAUACCUGGACUUUAGCGAGAUGGAUAUCAUAAGACUGAAUCGAAUGUACAACUGCUCCUCAACUCUUACCCUGCUGGACCAAUGUGCUUUUGAAAACAUAAAUAUUUGUGGGAUGGUACAGAGUUCGACUGAUGAUGCUGAUUGGGUCCAUCUUAAGAGCUCUCCUGGCUCUGAGGAUCAUACUCUCACCGGAAAAUGCAGAGAUUUAGGAUAUACUAUGCAUUUUGACACCUCCGUUGGACAGGCAGAGCAAUCCGCUCUCCUUGAGUCCCGCAUCCUCUACCCAAAGAGAAAGAUGCAAUGCCUUCAGUUUUUCUACAAAAUGACAGGCAGUGUAAAGGACAGGCUUGUGAUUUGGACCAAGAUGGAUGAUGGAACAGGAACAGUGCGUAAAUUAAAGAAAGUGCACACAAUAUGGGCUGAUGAAGACAAGUCGUGGAAGAUUGCUCAUGUGCCUAUGGAAGUCGGGGUCAAAUUCCGCUAUGCCUUCCAGGCAGUGAGGGGAGACCCUACCAACUCUGCAGGAGGCAUGUUCAUUGAUGACAUGAGUAUGUCGGAGACGCGCUGCCCAGCUGCAGUUUGGCGCAUCCAGAACUUCUCUCACAUUCUGCAGACAGCUGACUAUGAUACAGUGCUGAACAGCCCUCGUUUCUACAGCCCAGAGGGUUACGGUUAUGGCAUUCAAGUGCGUCCUUUUUCUGGCUACUCCGAUUACACGGGCAACUACACUGGUCUGUACUUCCAUCUGGCCAGUGGUGACAGUGACGUUGUAAUGCAAUGGCCUGCUGUGAACCGCCAGGCCACCAUAGUGGUGAUGGACCAGGAUCCAGACAUUAAGCUGAGGAUGUCUUCUGCUCGUAGUCUCACCACUGACCUGGACCCAAUUUGGGACAAUCCAAGAAAGGUUGGGACCUAUGACCCGAGCUGCCACUGUUACCGUGGAGAGUCAAAGGGAUGGCAAAAUUUCAUCAAACAUUAUGACUUGCGCAGGCGAAAUUACCUGAAAAACGAUGACCUCAUCAUCUUUGUUGACUUUGAGGACUUAACAACCUUGGUAAAUGCUGAAGUCCCAGUUGCACCGAAGAUUUGAGGCCACUUUGGGUGCCAGUGUUUAUGGUCUGAAGAGAAAAGUAUAUCAGUAGUGUUCAUUGUGGAGAACUUCAUCUAAAACAAGUGUUUCUUGUUAAAAAUGGAAGUAUUACAAUCAUACCCUCCUGAGACCCGAGCUGACCGCUGUGUGCCUUUUCCAUUUCCCUUUUUGAUUAGCACCUAAUAAGCAUGCAAAAAAAAUACAAUAAAAUAACUAGUGCAAAUAGUCUUACUAAACAUUGAUGUCCACAUGUAUGGACAUUUCUUAGUUUUACUAAGUAAAACUAAGAAAUUUUAAAUAAUAUCAUGCUAGAAAGUCAGAUUUUUUUAUUUUUUUUUUAUUUAUCAAAUUGUUUAUUAUGUUUCCAGAAGUGUUGGUUAUUAAUGUUUUUGAGACAUUACAGACAUUACAGCUGAUUUUCUGUAAAGCUGCUUUUGAACAAUGUGUA